GGUGUAUAUACUGUAUAUAUAUUGAUGCUAGAGUUACCAGGCUUGUGCCACUCUGGUGCCGAACAUUACCAGUGCUUACUCACUUGUCCAGGUCAAAUGAUAUCUUGAGGUCUUCUUCUCCAUUCUCUCUUUACAUUCGGGUUUUUCCAUUUCAUUCCUUUUUUUUCCUUGUGUCGUUUCUUUGAACUGGUUCAACAAUUCUCUGUGUGCGUCUUCUAUCCUGAUUGUAUGUACAUAUUUAAUAUAUCUCUUUCGUGUAUAUUACAUCUGUACGCACAACAGUGAAACUUCUCAGUGAAACGACACUCGCUUUUCUCAAUCUCUUCAAGAAGACGAAGAAGAACAAGAACACAAUGAAGAAAACUCUUAGAAUAUCUCUCGAUAUCACUUUGUGCAGCAUCAUUCUGUUUCUCUGCAGUGGUGUCAAUGCUAGGCAAUGUUAUCAGUGCAACAGUCGCAACAACAGUCAGUGCGCCGAUCUCAUCCCACCAGAUUCUAUGAAGAUAGACUGUUCGGAUCUGAAGGACGGUGCGAAAUAUACACUGUGUCGAAAGAUUACACAAGUCAUCGAGUUUAGCGUCAAUGGCUUGCCACCCGACACGAGGGUCAUUCGAGGAUGCGGAUGGGACGAGUCGGCCUACAAGACCAAGUGUUACCAACGAAGCGGUUUCGGUGGUAGACAAGAGGUGUGUUCCUGUACGUCCGAUUUUUGCAACGCGGCUACACCCGGACCCGGGAUUUCGACAACGACUCUGAGCAUAAUUUUUUCGUCCGUUCUAAUUAGUACGCUGUUAAUAUCUCUAUGAAACUAGCCAUAAACUACACUUCGUAGGAUCAAAUCAUAAAGUUAAUGAACGAGACGGUUGGUUAGAGGUAGUAAAACUCUUCGAAACUAUCAUAUGAUGCGCUUUUAUGCAUAAGAAAUAAAAAACAAAAAAAAAAACAGCAGACAUUUAUUAAAGCUAAAAAAAUCUCGUUUGUACGAGAACGCGAAAAGAUCGAUUUGGAGAAUUUGUGUCAAAGUGAGACAAUUAUAAAUAAUAAAAAAAAAUUGCGUAAACGCUUCUAUGAAGUAAGAAUGUGUCAUUAUUUAAUAUUUUGCAAUUUCAAAUUUUCGAGAUGAUGAACGAAAACAAAUAUUUAGUCAGAGAACACAUAUCAAGCAAGAUCAUGUCGUUUGUGUCAUGUUGUUUGAGCUGUAAACUCAUAUAGGAGCGAUUAAUUGAUAGUAUCUCCGACGAACAUAUUGUAGUUUGUAUCACUUUUAGGACGUGUGUGAAAUUAGAAGCAAAUUGUACGUCUUAUUCGCAUGAAAUGAAAGAUAUAUCUCAAAGAUA